ACGAAGCUGGCUGGAAGGAUGCUUCUGGCCGUCGGGUUCCUCUUGUGGGCGGCCUUUGCGACGGCCACGGCGCACAACACGUUCGUGUGCCUACCAAAGCCGGUCAAGUUCGACACGUGCACCAGCAUCCGUCUGCUGAGUCCGUGCCAGACGGACCAGGACUGCGACACGCGUGUCUGCUGCAAGGACUGGUGCGGCAACUAUUGCGCCUUCAAGCAGCGCAGCUUCGCCGUGGCCAAGCCUCCGCCCCCCGACGUCGACGAAGACCCGUCCACGGCCGUGCCGGCUCGUCGCAGAGAAGAGGAGCGCCGCAACAACGCGCGCAGGCGCUACAAGAACCGUGGGGGCCGGCGUCGCCGUCGCAUGGACGCUGCGGACUCCGACAUCCCGGUGAUGCAUGGACCCGGUAUGGACGAUGAACCGGGAGGCCAGCCUGAGCACGAGUACUUCGACGACAGUCCCAGCGGCGCCACGUCGUCAGAUGUGCCACAGACGCACUGGGAGCAAGGGACCGAGGACGCAGCUAGGCCUAACCCGUCCGCUUCCGUGUUGGCCAUGGCGACGACCGGGAAACCGGCACCAAGUGGUUCGUCCAGUUGCUACUGA